UCAGCCAAAUUGUUGAAACAAUAAAAAAACAGAAAAUUUUUGGUCUUGCUUGGCUUUACAUGUUCUGUUUAAAAUAUCUGAAUUCUAGUUAACACACACAAAUAAAGGCCACAUGAGUAGUUUCAUCGUAAUACUUACCAGUUUUUAGAAUUUAUUGGCUAACUGAUAAAGUCAAAGAAUGAACAGUAAAACAUUUUGCCCAAAAUGUCUUACUCUGGCAUCUAAAAGGAAUCUUAGAGGUCUUUAAUUCUAAAACAUACAUGCUUUGCACACCAUGGAUAAAUCUUGAGUGUUUAAUCUCUGGUAAUUACAAAGAUUUUCUUGGGUUAAUAAAAAUAAUCCGGUCUUAAUCAGACCCCCUACCCAGACCUCCGCUGUGCCUUCUUUACCUCUUUUGUGAGGGAUGAAUUCUCAGUCAUAUAAAUAGACACCUUCACAACUCUCCAGCACAAUUCUUGGUGACAGCAGGAAACUGUUGGCUAGCUAAGGAGAGGUCUUUAUUAGCAGGUUUACCAUAAAAACAAACCGUUUCAGAUUUUAUUUUCCAAAUUGGCUGUAUUUAGACCUCCAGACUGACGUCAUUUCCACAUGUCGUAGUUGUCAGGCGUGUCGAGGUAAGCGGCAGCUCAUCUUUAUCGGUGAUCCUGUCAACGGGUAGACUUCGCCAAAAGAAUCAAGAGGCACUGAGGCAUUCGCUUUUGAGGAGUUUUAUCCACGGAAAAGAAAGUCCGGGCAAUUUUUCUGAGACUUUCAAAAGAAAACUUUUUAUUUAUGACCUGAGCAGCUUCUGAGCCUGCAUGUAAACAAAGAGACCCCUGUGAUGAGUCUGAAAGAUCUCACUUCAGAAAUAGCAAUGGAGAACAGACACAGCCACAACGGAAGCAAAGACAGGCUGGGACUGAGCUUCACUAUCGACUACCUCCUGUUCAACAGAGUCAAAGGCUCCAAAGACCAGACGACAGGCAGUUCUGCUGCAGAGCAGACAAACAGCAGCACACUAAACGAUCAAAACCCUACACUCAAAGAGGUGGACAAGCGUUUGAUACUGUCGGAGGAAGACUCUGUUCGACACAAAGCCAGCGAAGAAGAAGAGAACGAAGAUCAUGGGGAGCAGAAAGUGACCCUCGCCCCACCAUCUACCAAUCCAGAGAAAUCCGCCGACAAACCCAACCAGUCCUACAUCGCACUCAUCUCCAGGGCAAUCCUGUCCUCCAAGGAGAAGAAAUUAUUGCUGUGUGACAUCUACCAAUGGAUCAUGGACCAUUACCCGUACUUUAAGAGCAAGGAUAAAAACUGGAGGAACAGCGUUCGCCACAACUUAUCCCUCAAUGAAUGCUUCAUCAAAGCAGGACGGAGCGACAACGGCAAAGGACACUUCUGGGCAAUCCACCCAGGAAACUAUCAAGACUUUUCCAAGGGGGACUACCACUGUCGGCGUGCGCGACGGAGGGUACGUAGGGUCCCGGGACAGCUCCACGUUUCCUCACUGACUUCCCCCUUUCACCCUACUUCCACCCUCACCCGCCCUCACAGAACAGCCUGUUGGUGUUGUUCUUCAGCCGCAACGCUUCCUCCGCCCUGCUUGGCACCCAGACUGUACUGGCCUUGGUCCAGCAUUCACCCACAAGUAGGGCUCCAGCUGGGUCUGAACGCAUCCGUACCCUAAAAAGCUCUGAUCAUACUUUGGCCCCAUAAACCAUAAAUUCAGCUUCCCCAUAGCUCAGUGGAAACCACCAUGAAACUUCUUUUUCUUUGAAUUCUUCUUUCUUUUAGGACAUUUGUGAUCUUGGGAAGCAUUGUUUUUCAGAGGCUGCUGCACUUUUUUCUUUUGUAUGUUAAAGGUUUUAGAAUGUUUUCUCAUAUUAUUAUUAAAUUGUUUCCUAUUAAA